AUUUCUUCAACAAGAUUACUCUUAAUAAUAUUUAAAUUUAAUUAAAAUGGGUCAAAGUGGGUGAACAUCACGCACACCUUCAUAGAUGCUGAUAUGGAUAAAAAUAAUCUAUUUAUAAAUUUUGUGGGGUAAUAGGACGUUCACAGAGGUAUCUGAUAUUAUUCUGGAUGUCAAUGCUUUCUUGGAACAUAUGCAGCUGUUGUGCUAAUGUAACUGGUGUAUGCUAUUUGUGGAGACACAUUUUAAGGUGAAAAUAUUAGAUAUAUCCCAGUUAUGCAGCAAUUCCAUCAGGUGCAUUUAUCCUCUACAUUUACAUUUGGAACACUUAAUUGAUAAAUUGCCCUUGAUGACUUUGAAGCUGAGAGGGUUACCAUGCCUUGAAGUAAUUGACAUCAAAUUUCUGGCAAUUUUGACUGCUUUAUCUGAAAUCGAAGGACCAAGUGAUGCACCAGCACCUCUUGCUACAAAUAACUUUGAGGCUUUUCUGAAUGUUCCUGCAUUCCUACGUCCUCAUACUCAGAUAUAUUGCACAAGGUAUAAAUCUUCUCAGAAAUCAUCCUGAAAUUGUUCGUGAAUCUCAACGCCGUCGAUUUGCCAAUGUCGAUGUUGUAGAUGAAGUUAUUCAACUUGACAAACAAUGGUGUCAACGACAGUUCGAGAUUGAUAAUUUGCGAAAAGAUUUCAAAAAGAUCACCAAAGAAGUUGGCAAGCUAAAAAAUUGUGGUGAGGAUGCGAGUCAAAAAAUUGAAGACGCUGCAGAGAAAAGCUUUUAAUUGAAAAAAAAGAGAUACAAGUACAAGAGGCUCGAACCACUUUGUAUUCCAAGUUGGAAAUCAUUGGUAACGUCGUGCACGAUUCAGUCCCAGUUAGUAAUGAUGAGGUAUAGUGUAUAUAUAUCCAUUUUGCUGUUCUGUAGUCGCAUAAUAUUCAUAUUAUUUUUGUAGCCAAAUAAUGUUAUA